AUGCCCAAAACAAGAAAAACGGAAUUGUCAGCGACGAGGAGCCAGCGUGGGGGCCGGAGACGACAGAGGCCCGAGAGGGCAGGGCGUGCAAGCAGCAGUACGGCAGCAGAACAGGUAGCGCAACCUCCGGUGCAAAAUCAGAUGGUGGCUUCCCAUUCCCCUCAGCCCUCCACAGCACCCAUGAUGGUGGCGCCAUCCAUCACUGGGGCAGGACCAACAGAUGCUAUUGGCUCAACCCAGCAAGAAUCGACAGAAAUGGCACAAGGUACUAACAUUGGUGCUCAGUCUCAGUCUUUAAUGUUUGGCAAUAACUUUAGUCAACCUGUCAUUAACAAUUCAACCCAAGUAGAUUUAGGUUACCAUGUAGAUAAUGCAACCAAACAAAAAAUUGUCAAUGGGGAAUACAUUAAUUUAGCCACCCUGCUGGUGCGUGAUGCUAACAGGCUACAACUAUCCACAUUGUCAAUGGACUCCCAAGGCCAAAUUAUAGCCCAGCCCAAACACAAUUAUAGAUUGACAACCAUUGAGAAAUGAACAGAUGCCUUUAUCAUUUAUGCAUGCAUAUAUCUUACAGCCCACCCUAGCAAAACACACCAACUAUUCAAAUACAUGCACGACGUUAGGUUGGGGGCCGAAAAAUCGCAGGGUUGGGUCACAUAUGAUGAGCAAUACAGGCUUCGGAUGGCAA